UGAGUUCUAGGUUUUAGUGUGCUAGCUCUGUUGUCAAUGAAGAUAGGGGCAAACAAGGGCACGAACUUUCACGCAGGCCACCGCUAAAGUAUUAAAAUCGUGUUGGGUUUCCCACCAAUCUUAAAGUAAGGUCAAUAAAUAAUUAAAUAACAAUGGCAAUGCCCUAAGGCCGCAGAAAUCAAUCAUGUCACUCCACUAAAAGAUGCACAGAAAAACGUUAGGACCAGCGUGGCCUUUUCUGAAUCGUGUACGAUCCUGACAAGGACUCAACCAUUUCAAAACGCUGUAGAGGGAGUGAACAGUGAACACUUUCUGAACUGAAUCAAUCAGAAGAGACAAACCCGUACACGUGGGUUCCUCAGAUCGUCUAUUUGCUUUUGGAUCCAUUGAUGGCGGCGAUUAAGGAGUUGCCUGAUUCCACACGUCCCCUGGUUGACGAGGAAAAAUUGAUUCCUUCAUCGGAUGAAAUCAUAGAGAAUGGUUUGCGAAAUUUUGGGUGGUCGGGGUUGGUGCAAUGCAUCCUUGUGUCGAUUGCUAUGUACUUCGAUGCACAGCAAUCAUUCAUAGCCAUCUACAGUGAUGAAUACCCAACAUGGCACUGCACAGAUCCCACCAUAUGCACCUCAGAUUCUGAUAUCUGUGAGCUCCCAAAAUCUUCUUGGGCUUGGGAUGGACCCUCUUCGAAGACAGUGAUAUCUGAUUUUGGCCUCCAAUGUGCCAGCAGCUUCAUCACAGGUUUACCCCAAUCCUCUUUCUUCAUUGGUUGCCUUGUUGGUUCCUUUCUUUUAGCCACCUUGGCUGAUACCUCUCUUGGAAGAAAGAACUUGGUCGUUCUGUCUUGUUUAGCAAUGUCCAUAACUUCAGUGAUCAUUGUCUCAUCCACCAAUGUUUGGAUCUACUCGGCUUUGAAAUUCCUAGUUGGGUUUUGGCGUUCAUCCAUUGGAACAUGUGUUUUGGUGUUACUGACAGAGAAAGUGAGCACAGAGUGGAGGUUCACGGUGGGCAUUGUAGAAUAUUUUUGCUUCACGUUGGGGUACAUGUGCUUGCCUGGAAUAGCUUAUUUAAAUAGAAAUUCUUCAUGGAAAUAUCUUUAUGUUUGGACAUCUAUUCCUGCUAUUUGUUACUCUGUCAUUGCUUAUCUUUUUGUUACCGAGUCUCCAAGGUGGCUCAUCAUGCAAGGCCGUGAGCAAGAAGCAAUGGCAAUGCUUAAAGGAGUUUCUUCAGUGGAAAAUGGUGCUACUUUAACUUCAAGCUUACUAAAAGUACCUCCUAAACAAAAGGCUUCAAUUUUCCAAUUAUACUCGUCAAUAGCAGAAUUGUUUGAGAGAAGUUGGGCUCUUAAAAGAAUGGUGGCAAUUAUGGUGCUUGGUCUUGGUGUUGGAAUGGUGUAUUUUGGCAUGCCUUUAGCGGUGGGGAACUUGGGAUUCAACAUUUACUUGGCUGUUGUGUUCAAUGCCCUGAUGGAAAUACCCUCUUGUGUAGCCACCUACUUCUUGGAAAACUACAGAAGAAAGCCAUCUAUUCUUGUAUUCUCAAUAGCAAGUGGGAUAUGCUGUAUAAUGUGUGUUGUGGUAGGCAAUGCCCUACCAGCAGCUAAGGUAGGGCUAUCAUUGGUAGCAUUUUUUAGUGCUGUCACAGCUUAUAAUGUGUUUCUCCUCUACAUUAUAGAGCUAUUUCCCACUAGUGUGAGGAACACUACAACCUCACUAGUGAGGCAAGCAAUUGUAUUUGGCAACAUAUUCAUCCCAUUUUUUAUAUCUGCGGGGAGGAAAAAUGACAUUUUCUCUUAUGGCGUAUUUGGAGUAGUCAUAAUGUCCUCUUGUUUGACAUUGGUCUGUUUGCCAGAGACCAUAGGAAUAGCUCUUUGUGAUACCAUGGAUCAACAAGAGAAAAAAGAUAACUUAUCUGUUUAAUGUGUGUAUCCGGUUUAUGAUCCUUUUUGUAUGUUGGCUGUUUUCCAUUUCUCUCGAUUUUGAAGUGAAAACCUCAUAUUUAAUUUUUGAGUCAUACUUUUCUCUUACUUUU